AUGGCUACUGCCAGGCCUUCAGCUUCUGGUGGCGAGCGCGACUUUCACUCUUCUAAUAACCUUCCUGGAUCUGGCGCUAAGCUAGCUGUUCGGUCAGUAAAGCAGGCGUUGGAGAUUGCACGGGAUCUGAGGAUCGAGGAAGGAGCGAUAAACCGUAUCAGCAUGGAAGGCACCAGGGAGGAACUGGAUGCCGAUGGGGAAACGUCCUCUAUUGAGGCUUUCAAAACUCAGCUGCGGUCAAUGGAGCAACUGCUGAAAAAGAUCCCAGACAAAGAUCGAAACCAGGCCCUGGAUGACCUCAGACAUUUGUUUCAAGAGGCCAAAGCCUGGGCCCCCGAGAAAUCCAGCGAGGAUUCUCAUACCUGCACAUUGAUUGAUGUCAAUUCUGGAGGGUUGGGAGGAGGGAAUUCCCCAGGUAAAAUGGACAGCCAGGUUCAGCAAACUGAACCUACAAAGGAAGAGAGGAUGAUGAGUUCAGGAGCAGUGAAAUCCUCCAAGACGCAAUCCUUCAUUUGCCAAAAAUGCUACAAGGUUUUCCAGCAGAAGGGCUCAUUGAUUCAGCACAUUCCAGGCUGCCACGACCCAGCUACUGUUUCCUGUGCCACCUGCCGCAAAAACUUCCACAACUUUGUGCAUUUCCAGCUCCAUCACUGUCACCCACCUGAGAAAGCACUCAUCUGUGACAAGUGUGGCCUGGGUUUCCGAACAGCGGCUAAUUACAACCAGCAUCUAUCUGGACACGAGCGGAAUGGCUGCCAGAGUUGCGAAGCUGUUUUCACCAGGCGUAAGGAUCUCAAGAAGCAUGUAUUGCGGGAACAUGGGGAAAAGAUCUGUGAAAAGGUUUAUCAAUGCAACUUCUGCAAGAAGGAAUUCGCUAAAUCCCAUUCAUUAUAUGUGCAUCUCAUUUGUCAUGCUGAGGGGAGUCAGCGAGUGUGUCUCAAGUGUGGUGAGAUCUGCAGCAAUGCUGAGGAGUUCCAAGGACACAUGAAGUGGCAUGCAGAUACUUCCAAAUUUAAAUGUUCCAAGUGUAAUGAGAAUUUCCAUGGGAUCCAGCAGUAUACCAAGCAUAUGAAUGCUCACAAGCAGAACAUAUGUGCUCUGUGUCGUGAGGAUUUCCCAUCUAAGAAGAAGAUGGAUCGUCACAUCCGAGAGGUCCACAAUAAGCUACAAACUGCAUCUGAUCUCCCAAGUGAGGAUGAGGGGGAAGAAGGUGCAGAGAGGACAUACAUGUGUGAUGCCUGUGGGAUCCGCUGCUCAAGCCAGAACCAGUUCCAGCGUCACAUGAUGAGGCGGCAUUCUGCACGAAACCCUGUUAGCCCCAGCUAUCACUGUCAAUUUUGUUCCUUCUCCUCCAUCUUGAGGAGCAAUUUGGUACGACACAUGGCCUUGCAUACGUCAUCCCGCUCCUUUGUUUGUGAGCUCUGUGGUGCCUCCUUUUACACCAGCUCCACUUUAAAAGAACAUUACACCUAUGUGCAUUCAAAGGAACGUUUACAUGCCUGUGAGAAGUGUGGGAAGAAGUUCAAGGUGCGAAAUGCUCUACUACGUCAUCUCAGCUCGCAUUCCAACACGAGGCCUUUCAGAUGCCACACCUGUCCGCAAGGGUACAAGCGGCUGUCACACCUCCGUCGACACGUGAGAUCCUGUCACAACCAGGAUCUCCCAUCGACACGAGUCGUUCAACGCCUGGAGCCAGAUGGGGAGGGAAAUCUAGUCCCAGUGGCAAAAUCCUCCCUGAGACCAUCUAAGGCAAACAUUCGUGAAGAGCUGGUGUUGAAUGAGAAUCCUGGAUAUAAUGGAGCUGUGAUGGAAUCUCAUUUGGUGACUGUGAUUCAAACAGGGAGCAUUGCAACAUUCGAGAAUGAAGCAGGCCAACAGUCCAUUGUAGUGCUUCCAAUUCAGGUUUCAACAGAGGGUCUCCCUCCCCCUCCUCCUUAUCCCAAUGCCUCCAUUUCUGAGGAAUCCCAGGCCUUCUCCAAUGUCUUUCCUGUUUCUUCAGGAGAAGUAACAACCUUGGAACCAUUGUUCUCUGCAGAUGGGGUCUAUCGUGUAGUCUCUCAAAAUGUAGAUGCAUCAACCCUUGAUCAUGGUGAAUGA